GAAAAGCGAGAUCGACCCGACUGAAAGUCAACCUUCAACUGUUCUGUUUUUGUUUUUGUUUGAGUGAAGUGCUUUCUGAACCAGACGAAAAGUAUGUUUUGAGGCCUCAUUGCCUCAUUCUCACGUCAUCUUUGGUGCUUCUGCGUCCCCACUGAUUGACAAAUGGAUCACAGUCAGGCUUCUGGUUCAGGAACAUAUGGUGGUGGCAACCUUCUAAACAAUGGAGCGCUUGCUAGUUCCUCCUUUCAGGCAUCGCAAAGCCAUUCAGGAGAGUCGCUAAAAAGAAGGAGCAGUUCACGUUCCAUCAAGCGGAGGAAAUUUGAUGAUGAGUUGGUGGAAUCAAGUCUCGGGGCUUAUGGCAGCCCAGUUGCGUCAAAAGUAGUGAGACAACGAACUCAGUCAGUCACCCUUCCUCCCCAUCCCAUUGAACGUAGCUAUGAGCAUUCUGCUCCAAGCACUAGUGCAAGCACAAUCAGUGUACCCCCAGCGCCAGCACCAGUACCUCCACCUCCACCACCAGAAAAUCGUCAGAAACGCACCUCUAGCAAGUCAAGUAACAUGUCUGGGAGCCGCCGGAACCGAAAGCAAAAACAUGCUCACAAUGUUUCUGCUAAAGACUUAGGCCGCUGGAAACCAACAGAUGACCUUGCACUUAUUAUUGGAGUACAGCAGACUAAUGAUAUUCGGAUGGUGCACAGAGGAGUGAAAUUCUCUUGUCGCUUUACUGUACAAGAACUCCAGCAAAGAUGGUAUGCCCUCCUGUAUGAUCCCAUUGUCUCCCGUGUUGCUGUUGCUGCCAUGAGAAAUCUUCAUCCUGAGGUUACCCAGGCAGUGCAGGCUAAAGCUUUAUUUAGUAAAGCAGAAGAAGAACUCCUUGGAUCAAUAAAAUCUACAUCCUCUCCAUCAGUGGCAACUAUGGCAGAACUUCUUGAGAAAAAUCCACAAGUAUUUUUUCCUGCCCGUACUGGCAAGUCCCUGUUAACUCAUUGGACUUUGAUGAAACAAUAUCACCUUCUACCUGAUCAGACAGUGCAAAGUCUACCACAGGCCGAACAUGUUCUCAACUUUUCUGAUGCUGAAGAAUUAAUUAAUGACGCAGAACUAGCUGAUCUCCGAGAUGAGGCACUUGAACAAGAGCUAGCGAUUGCUGAUCGGCGAGCAAAAAAAGAAAUACGCACAUUAGAAAACGAACUGGGGCGGUGGCAAGUUUUAGUGGAUUCUGUAACUGGCAUUAAUCCACCUGAAUUUGACAAUCAAACCCUUGCUGUUCUUCGCGGACGAUUGGUUCGAUAUCUCAUGCGCUCCAGAGAGAUUACCCUGGGACGUUCUACAAGAGAUCACAGUGUGGAUGUUGACCUCUCUCUGGAAGGACCAGCAUGGAAAGUAUCCCGCAGACAAGGUACAAUACGUAUGAGAAACAACGGCGACUUCUUCAUUUCCAGUGAAGGCAAACGGCCGAUUCACGUGGAUGGCCGGCCUAUCCUUCAAGGGAACAAAUAUCGGCUCAACAACAACUCUGUUGUCGAGAUUGCUGGUCUACGGUUUAUUUUCCUUGUCAACCAGGAGCUGAUAAAUGCUGUCAGGGUUGAGGCAGCCAAGCUUUCAACUGUGACAAUCUAAUUGCCAAAUUGAGUUUGUACUUUACACACUAAGAUUUCAUCCUAAUUUACAUAGAAACAUUUAAUGCAUAAUUAGAUAGAGAAUAAAUUAAUGCUAAUUAUUACUUGUUUA